UGCUGUCUGUUGUAGCCUCCGUGUUGUGGUCUAAUGGUGGUGUUUUUCAGAGAGCCGCUGUCUGACUGCCUGAAGGACGUGGAUCUGAUCCCCCCCUUCAACCGCAUGCUGUUGGAGGUGACCUUCGGCAAGUUGUACUCCUGGGCCAUCCAGAACGUCCGCAACAUCCUGCUGGAGGCCGGCGUCCGCUUCAAAGAGCUCGGCGUGCAGCCGGUUCCCUUGCAGACCAUCACCAAUGAAAACCCAGCAGGACCGAGUCUUGGCACCAUUCCUCAAGCCCGCUUCCUUCUGGCCAUGGUCCACAUGCUGUCCCUGAAACACGGGUCCAACAGCCUCAGCCUCCUACUCAACUCGGGCCUGUUGGCCCUCACACAGAGUAUCCUCCGGCUCAUAGGGCCCAGCACAGACAGCAGUGAGGAGGACCUGAGUUUAUGUGCACACGGAGGCUCCGCUACAGUACUGGAGGAGUCCAGAAAGGAAGCGGCCCCGACCCCCCUACCCGCCUCGGGCCCAGAGCUGGCUUCCAUGAUGAAGAUAGGCACCCGGGUCAUGAGGGGGGUCGACUGGAAGUGGGGCGAUCAGGACGGUCCGGCACCGGGUCUCGGCCGGGUCAUCGGGGAGCUGGGAGAGGACGGUUGGAUCAGGGUCCAGUGGGAUACCAGUAGCACCAACUCCUACAGGAUGGGCAAAGAGGGCAAAUAUGACCUGAAGCUGGCAGAGCCGCCACCAGCAGCCCAGCCCCCAACCGAGGACUCUGACACGGAGGAUGACACAGAAGGUGAGCUGAUGGAGAAGAGCAGCCACCCGACAGCGAUGAUGCUGACCAGCACAGUGAACCUGCUGAAGACGUUGUCUCUAACAGCUGGGAUCUAUGCAGAGGUGCUGCAGACCGACGCCACCCGGACCCUCUGUGGACUCCUGAGGACGCUGGUGGAGAGCGGAGCCAACGACAAGUCAGGCUGUCACUCCCACAGGCUGGUCGCUCGGGAGCAGCACAGGAGCUGGUCCACGCUGGGCUUCAUACGCAGCAUCGCUCUCAUGCCCCAGAUGUGCAGCACGCUCAGCACCUCCGCGUGGAUCGGCCUGCUCAUCCGGAUCGUAGAGGGACACCAGUCCUUCAACGCCGUCACUCUGCAGAGACAGGUGGGACGGUUACCGCGUCGUGAAACUGAAAUCAACGACACGGUUUAAUGUUAACCAUCAGAGAGUAAAUCCAGGCUC